UGCAGCGAGCUGUCUUCUGUUUUUCUUUUCUUUUUAACUUUUUUACAUUUUUUUUUGCAAGGCACAGAAGCAAUGGCCAAGGGAGAAGACAGGCGGAGUUGCUGGUGACCCCCGGAGUCCAAGUGGAUUAUUGGGGUUGCUCUCCAAGGGAUCCUGACUUCCCCCCCACCCACCCACUUUCUUGCCACUGCACAUCACCUAACUUGGAAGCCAAUGAAGAGGCAGCAGCGUGAAUUGAGUCCUUUAGAAAGCCCCCAGGAAGUGUAAACAAAAGAGAAAGCAUGAAUGGUGUGCCAGGGCAAACCCUGGUCUCCUCCUCUGCCCCCCUGAAGGCAGGGCCAUCCGCACCUCAGCCCUGCCUCCCUCCACCUACUCACUGCUGAUCUGACUUUUUUUUUUAACUGUUUUUUUUUCUUUUUCAUUCUUUCCCCUCAACACCCCCUACCCCCCUUAUUAUUUUUCUUCAGGGCAAAGCAAAGAUUUUUGACUUUGGGAGCCAGCCACGGUUGGUUCUUCUGCUCCUUUCAAAUACCCACUUUCUUCCCCAUCGCCAGGCUGCGUUUGGCAAUAUCAGAUAUCCGCUCUAUUUAUUUUUACCUAAGGAAAAACUCCGGCUCCCUUCCCACUCCCAGCUGCCUGGCCACCCCUCCCAGCCUCCGCUUGCCCUCCACCUGGCCUGCCGGCACUCUGAGCCCAGCAGAACCUGUUUCAGACACCCCCGAAGAAGCAGCCCAGCGCUACCAAGCACACAGUCGGGCUCCUUGGGUGCAAAGGGUUGCCAGCCCUUCCUGGAAGUCCCGAAGCUCUCCCAGAGCAGUGAGUUCAUGCACUUUCUUGCCAAGCCUCAGUCUGCGGGAUCUCUGGAGGCUGCCUGCUCUGCUUCCCUCCAGCAGCGGCACUGCGACUGGGGUCUCUUCCUCACCAGGUCCUGAAGCCCCCCCCAGGCCUCUCCCCCUGGCUCGCCCCUGAAGAUGCACUGGCAGAGGACUCUGGUGGUCCUAAUCUUGCUGAACUUUGCCACGGUCAGCCUCUCUCUGUCCACGUGCACCACCUUGGACUUCGGCCACAUCAAGAAGAAGAGGGUGGAAGCCAUUAGGGGACAGAUUUUGAGCAAGCUCCGGCUGACCAGUCCCCCUGAGCCUUCGCCGAUGACCGAUGUCCCCCACCAGGUGCUGGCCCUGUACAACAGCACCCGGGAGCUGUUGGAGGAGAUGCAGGGGGAGAGGGAGGACGGCUGCACACAGGAAAACACCGAGUCUGAGUACUAUGCUAAAGAAAUCUAUAAGUUCGACAUGAUCCAGGGACUGGCGGAGCACAAUGAGUUGGCUGUCUGCCCCAAAGGAAUCACAUCCAAGGUGUUCCGCUUCAAUGUGUCCUCAGUGGAGAAAAAUGGAACCAACCUAUUCCGAGCAGAAUUCCGUGUCUUGCGGGUCCCCAACCCCAACUCCAAGCGCAAUGAACAGAGGAUUGAGCUCUUUCAGAUCCUCCGGCCAGACGAGCACAUCUCCAAGCAGCGCUACAUUGGAGGCAAGAACCUGCCCACACGGGGCACUGCUGAGUGGCUGUCUUUCGACGUGACCGACACGGUGCGGGAAUGGCUCUUUCGGAGAGAGUCCAACUUGGGCCUGGAGAUCAGCAUCCAUUGUCCCUGUCACACGUUUCAGCCCAAUGGGGACAUCCUGGAGAACACUCGCGAGGUGAUGGAGAUCAAGUUCAAAGGUGUGGAUAGUGAGGAUGAUCAUGGCCGUGGAGAUCUGGGGCGCCUGAAGAAGCAGAAGAACCACCACAACCCUCACCUCAUUCUUAUGAUGAUUCCCCCACACCGAUUGGAUAACCCAGGCCAAGUGGGGAUAAGGAAGAAGCGAGCCCUGGACACCAAUUAUUGCUUCCGCAAUCAGGAGGAGAACUGCUGUGUACGCCCUCUCUACAUUGACUUCCGGCAUGAUCUGGGUUGGAAAUGGGUCCAUGAACCUAAGGGCUACUACGCCAACUUCUGCUCCGGUCCCUGCCCAUACCUCCGCAGCGCUGAUACCACCUAUACCACGGUGCUGGGACUGUACAACACCCUGAACCCUGAAGCAUCUGCAUCCCCAUGCUGUGUACCCCAGGACCUGGAGCCCCUCACUAUCCUGUACUAUGUUGGGAGGACCCCCAAAGUGGAACAGCUCUCUAACAUGGUGGUCAAAUCCUGCAAGUGCAGCUGAGAUGCUACCUGUGAGCCCAAGAGGAGAGCGCAGCCCCCACACCUGACUACCUGCUCCUCAGGAAACACAAAGCAAUCUGUCUCCUCUGAAGGCCCAAAGGCCCCUACCCACCUGCAAUUCCAGAAGAAGCAGGGCUGAGGCGGAGCUUCCCUUCUGGAACAUUUCUCUUUCUUGCUGGCUCUGAGAAAUCACUGUGGUAAAGGAAGUGUGGGUUUGGUUUGGAGAAGGUGGAUGGAUGAUGGAGAACCAGAUGUGCUGUGAGGUGAUGGAUGGAGAUAGAGAGGCUUGGCAAGUGGGCUCGUCAUGUGGCAAUGGGAUGUGGGCUACCUAGGGAAAGGUGGACAAGUAGGGAGGGGUGACACAGAACCAGGCUGAAAGAUCCCUCAAAUCCAGUGAGCCUGGAUCACUUUCCAUAAAGCCCUGUGUCUUUCUUCAGAAUGGUGGUCAAGACCAAGGCCCAGGACUGUUUCAUAUGCUACCCUGGACUAAGGACAAAUCUGCUCCUUUUAAAAAUUACCCUCUCAACAUCUAUCAGUGUCAAGGGUCAUUAUGUGGAGAAGACCCAGAUAAUGGGGUUCCCAAUCCUGGGCUCUCCUGAGCCCUGUGGAGGUGGCCUCCAAAGCAGAGGGUGGGCACACACCUUCCCCUCCCUGCCCUCUGCCGUCUUCCUCAAUGCUCUUUCCUCCUUUGGUUUGACACCUUCCAGGUCAGGGGGCACGGAUCUGAGUGGGGGAGGCCUGCUGGGUCUCCCCUCCCCCUGCCAAGACCCUGUGUUCUUCUGGCAUUCUUGGAAGUAGGUGCUACGACAUGUGAGGCAUGAGGGAAGCCAUGCCCACAUCACACAUCACAGUGACCUAGCUCCAGAUGGUAGACUGAGGUAGAAAGACAAAUACAAAUAUUACUCUCAAAAACUUGGUAUAAAUAAAUAUUUUUGGGGCA